AAAUUAAUCAUACAAAAACAGCCCAUCAUGAGUUGCCCAAAAUUAGUUUGUUAACUAACAAACUAACCAAUGUUUCCGGUGUUUUGAGACAAAACUGACCUCCAUUCACCAACAUUCCUCAAUGCCCUCCUUGCUUUUCUCCUCCUUCUUCCUCUCAUCUUCUCCUGACCCCCUCCCUUCUCCUCUCUUCGUCCGCUCUUCGGACGGAGAGCGGACCUCAUCAGUUAACAUUCGUCAUUACCGCCUCCACCCAAACUGUCAUCGCCAUUGGCAUUCCUAUUCCUACUCUGCGCCUACGCCACCAUGGCUGUAUUGGCUCCCUUCCAGCUCCUUGAGAUCAAUCUCAUCUCGGCCCAGGAUUUGGAGCCCGUCUCCCGAAAAAUGCGGACCUACGCCGUCGCCUGGGUCCAUCCCGAACGAAAACUUACCACCCGGGUCGACACCAUGGGCCACACCAACCCCACCUGGAAUGACAAAUUCGUCUUCCGUGUAAACGACACGUUUCUGUACGCUGACACGUCGGCGGUCAUGAUCGAGUUCUACGCGCUGCAUUGGUUUCGUGACAUACACGUGGGUACGGUUCGCGUGAUUGUCGGGAAUCUGAUUCCACCUUCGGAACAGCUGCAGUUUGACCAUUACGUGCAGGUGGGAAUGCGGUUCGUUGCGCUUCAGGUUCGCCGGCCGUCGGGGCGACCACAGGGGAUUUUGAAUAUUGGGGUGGCGCUGCUUGAUAGCUCCAAGCGGAGUAUGCCUUUGUAUAUGCAUAUGGGUUCGUCUGCCCUAGGGUAUAAGCAUCUUAUGGGCGAGGAAGACAUCCCAACCAACAAUAAUAGCACCGCUAAUCAUCAACAAAGGAUAAUUAAGCCGGAGCUCCGACGUACAAAGAGUGAUUCGAGUUCGAUUAUUGGUACGGAGGCAAUGGUUCGGAAGAGAAGGGCCUCCGUCCUAAAUGGGUCCAUGAUCAACGGUGGUUCCACGGUCAACGGCGUAGAACCAAGGUCGAAGGGAGGUUCUACGGUUAACGGCUUCGAAACGAGGCAGAAGGGAGGUUCUAUGGUCAAUGGCGGAUCCAUGGUAAAUGGGUCGCAUAUGGGUAAACUGAAAGGGAAAAAUGGGAAGGUGGGUUCGAUGGUGAACGGGUUGGAAGUUGGGGAACCAAGGAAAAAGCAUGGAUCUUUGGUGACCCAGUCAGAGGUUAUAGGGCCGCCUAAGAAGCGUGGAUCCAUUAUUAAUGGAGUGGAGGAUACCGGAGACCCCAAGAAGCCGCUGAAAUACGACACCGGUAAUAAAAACGCCUCAAAGUCACCGCCGACCAAGUCAUUUGGGUUGGAUUUUGGGUCUCAGAAUAAUUUUUUUUCCAAGCACAAUGGGUUCGAAUACGGAAUUACCAAGAGGCCGGGAGCAUUUUGGACCGACUCUGAACUGGGUCCGUCGCCGUCGGAAGUGGCAGCAAAUGUAGCUAAGAAUAUGCAGCAAAGGAUGGACGAUGCAGAAAGCUCCAUACUUGGGUGGAGCCUAGAUGGGAGCAUCGAAGGUCUCGACUCCAAGCUGGAGCGGUGGCGGUCGGAGCUACCGACACUUUACGACCACGGUCAGUACUCUAGCUACGGAUCUAGUAUCCUUGGUUCCCCCAAGAAAGCCGCACGCAACCGGAGGCAGACCGAGGGUGGCAGCCUGUUUUCGUGUUUUAGCAGUAUCUGUGGAUGUCAGUGCUCGAUCGUAAUCGGCGGUAGCCCCCCAUCAAGUCCCGAACGGAAAAGGGGCAAACAUUUGCGCCGGACCCCCUCAGUAUUUUCAUUUGACACCUUGAGUUUUCUUUGAAUUGGGUUUUCCGGCACAAAAAAAUAAAGGAGGGGGGGGGGGGGGGUGGUGUUUAAAGCUGGGGACUUGAGAGUCGAAGCUUGUGGAGAUGGAGGUGGAGAGCUUCAGAGGAAGAGAAUACAGAAAAUGGGUCGGUUUAGGGAACGGAUUCGGCUUAAUUUCUGUGUGGGGGCAGGGAUUUCUUUUCUUCUUUUUCAUUGGCCUAUGCAUUCUGCAUUAUAUCUCUGGUGUUCUUCAUCUCGAUGGACUUUAGCAUUAUCAGAUGACUAAUUGGAUGUGGUAAUGAAUUAUCUUGAAUGAGCACUUCACAUUUGCUACAAUAUCAUAUCAUUCCAGCUUCAGUUCCAUUUUCUUGGGUUUUAAUUAUUGAUAAAUGCUCACACUUCCGCUGUUCAACACAGUUUAAAGUUACUAGUUACUAGUUACUACCAUUGUUGUUGCUGCUAUUGGCAAUGACACUGAGCUAAUCAAUCUUAUUCGUGUCA